AUGGCGUCUCUCAAACCUCCGUACACUCUCGAGACGGCGACAGAAAAGGUCAAAUUCGCGCAGAACAUGUGGAACACACGUAACCCAAAUCAAGUCUCCAACGGCUACACGCCCACCUGCAUCUGGCGCAACCGUGAUCAAUUCUUCAUCGGCACAGAAAAAAUCAUCGAAUUCCUGACCAAGAAGUGGGAGAAGGAGCACUCUUACCGUUUGCGCAAGGAACUUUUCUCCUUUACCGACGACAAAAUCGCCGUGCAGUUCUGGUACGAAUAUCAAGACAAGUACGACGGAAUGAAGUGGAAACGGUGCUACGGUCUUGAGGAUUGGACCUUUGAUCGCGAGACUGGGAAAAUGAGGAAGCGACAGAUGUGCGGGAACGACAUCUUGCUCGGCAGGGACGGUGACGGUGUAGCUGUGCCGGAAGAAGGGAUCCAGGGACGAUGGUACGUGGAUGGCAUGGAUGUUGACGACGAUAUUGUAACACAGAAGAUCACCGAGGCUCAUUGGUAA